AUUCGGUGAGUACAGACGAUCAAACGAUCGCCCUGAUCUCUGUUGGCGCGCGCUUGUUCCGUCGGUACGGGGCUCAACCCUUCCCAAUUAAUUCACAGUUCACGUCCGCCCGGUUCUGGACGCAAACGCGCGUGUUCGGUAUUCCGUUCUGUGUUGAUUAGUCGUGUGAGCAUGAAAAGACGGUUGCCCCGACGACGACAAUAGGAGGCGGAACCGUACGUGACCGGCAAUCGCAACGAAGAACGGUGUGACACAAACGCUUUCUCAAACACUUCUUCACGCUUUCGCUACGUACCGUUGUUGGCCACCACACGAACGUGUCAGCAGAAUAACGCACCCGCGGAACGCUGGCGAAAUAGUGAUGCCCCGAGUGUGAGUGCGCGCGUUUGUGGUCUCUAGUGGUUUUUAGCGGCGGCAACAAGUGCAGUGGAAGCGGCCACGACCGGGGUGUGGGCAAUUGUUGGCAUUCCUUGCCUGUGCGCCGCCUUUGUCACCUGCUCCGAUACGGAUCCGGAGAACCCGAUCAGAACCGUUUACUCUCCCGAUCGGCACUGCUCUCGGUUCGGAGUGAGAGUGCAUUUUGGAUGACCUUGCGGUUCGUCGAUCGACCAUAGGAAGCGAGACUUGCCCCCAACGAUGGGAAGCACAGGCUACACGUGUAUACGGCGGACGUUUUGUUCCUUCAACAUCCUGAUCUGGCUCUGCGGAAGCGGAUUCUUGGCGAUAGGCGUGUGGCUGCACUUUGCGUAUCCCGGCUAUGCGACGUUACUGCCCGACCAUGCCGUGCUCAGUGCCGAUUCCCUCUUCAUCACCGUCGGCGUACUGAGCUUCGUGAUUGCGUUCUUCGGUUGCUGCGGAUCGUGGUUCCAGUCGCGAUGCUUCCUAGUGAUAUACUUCACCCUGGUCGUGUUCCUGUUCCUUAGUGAGUUUUUGCUCGGCUCGCUGGCGUUUGUGUUCCGCGGCGGUAUCGGGCGUAUGCUGGCGCACGAACUAAAGUACGGUAUCGAGAAGCACUACAACGUGAGCGACCGUGGAGGCUUUUUCACGCCAUCGGUCGCCACCAUUUGGGAUAAGCUGCAGGUUGACCUCCAAUGUUGUGGUGUUUCGUCGUACGAAGACUGGCACGAUAUCAGUGCGUGGCCCGGCGAGCGGUGGGUGCCUCGUUCCUGCUGUCGUCCCCAGUAUGGCGCCGUGUUUCUGGAAGGAUCCGGUGACGACCUACCGAGCGUUGACUGUCGAAAAGCUGGCGAUCCAUCGUUGCUGUGGGACAAAAGCUGUGGCCAAAUUCUGCAGAUGUGGUUCGUGCAACGGCUUCACGUCGUGGGAACGGUAGGGCUCGUUAUAGGGUUUCUUCAGCUGUUCGGUCUCAUAUCUUCCAUGCUGCUGUUCUGCACCGUGAAACACAAACGGUCCUCGAAAACCUACAAAUCCUACUCACCGACGGUCGACACGACGCUCAAUCGCAACGGCACGAGCGGCACCUACAUGGACGAUUGACUGUACGGCUGAGGGAGUGAUUGUUGAUUGAGCUGUUCCGGAGUUGAUCGACUCGACAAUCAUCCCAUGGCAACAACAAGAAUCAAUACUCACCACCUGCGGUGCGAAUGCGAUUCAGCAUCGGUGGUUGCGUGUCUGUGCAACGUUUUGCGGGUAGUAUGUUGUCCUUGAUGGGCAAGGACUUUGUGCCAAAAAGAAGAUAAAAUAUUCCGACGUAUCGCGUUAGUGGAAGGAGUUUCCGAUCCCGGCACAGCGUGAGUAACCUCAAAGAAAACCAAAACAAAGACCGGUUCGCGGUUCGCGUAGAAACACCACGAGGAUACUCUGGAGCGAUCUCCGUGCACUAGUGACGAGACGCGUACAGGAACGUAGAAUAGCUCAAGAAUCGCACGAUUUUAUUUAUACACUACAAUUAGGUUUAGGUCAGCCGGUGCUCGUUUCGGUGCGGCGAAACAUUCCCGAGCGGAAGACGGUGGAAUACUAAACGAGUGUUCGCUCUCGCAAGGGCAUGACAAGAAGUGGGGCCUUCGAUAAGGAUGAUCGUCAAAACUACAUUCCAAUCAAAUAAAGAACGCAUGGCAUGG